AGCUCAUAGCUACUGGCACCAAGACUCACUAACAGCAAGCAGAAUGGCCUUCCAUUCCACAUUCUUUUUUUUCUUAGCUGGACUGGUAUUUCUCUCUGAAGCCGCACCACUGGGGCUGGUGAACAGCUCCUACACAAUGUCUUCUGCUUUCCCCAAGGUCUCCCAUGGUUCUGUUGAUUCCAAAUGCCCUCUGAUGGUGAAAGUGCUGGAUGCAGUCAGAGGAAGUCCGGCAGCCAAUGUAGCGGUUAAAGUGUUCAAAAAGGCUGCAGAUGGAAGCUGGCAGGACUUUGCUGUUGGGAAAACCACAGAAUAUGGGGAGAUCCAUGAGCUCACAACAGAAGAACAGUUUGUAGAAGGAAUAUACAGGGUUGAGUUUGACACCAGCUCUUACUGGAAGGGACUUGGCCUUUCUCCAUUCCAUGAAUAUGCUGAUGUGGUGUUUACUGCUAAUGAUUCUGGUCACCGUCAUUACACCAUUGCAGCUCUCCUCAGUCCUUUCUCAUAUUCAACCACUGCUGUUGUCAGUGAUCCCCAGGAAUAAACAUGUACUGUCGUUACAGAAACAUCCUCCUCUCCUAGAACUAUUAUAAGCUUUUAGGAGGAAAAUUUUUCCUAUUGCUAAUGGCUUAUCUUUUUGCUACAUUAGUUUUUAUCAUUUUGUAACCUGGCAGAAAUUCAGACAAGUCAAUAAAAUGUUUCUUCUUUAAAACA